CACGCACCUGUCUCUAAACUUCUGAAGUCUGAACUCCGAAGAACCACCACCAUCUCUCUCUCCGCGCCCACUGCGCAAAACCCCGCUAAAAUCUUCCGUUUCAUCUGCUUCCCAAGUCUCGGCGACCCCAAUACCGCCCAAAUUCGUCGGAGAAGAUACCCCAGGCACCUCCAGAGACAUGUACGCCGACAUCGCGAACCCGAAGGGACGAUCUGGCUGCCGCCCCAUCAACGCCGCCGCCAUGUCGCAUCUCAUGGAUGUCUGGCCGAGAUACUUCCCCGAGGAAACCCAGCUCUCCGAGGCCGACCCCAGGGCCACACUCGUCCGCGACUUGGUUAAGAUCCUGGAGCUUGAGGAGAGGAGAGACCUCGUCCCGCGUGUUGAAGAUGAUAAUGCUAUUUUCUUCCUUCCGAUUGAUUUCCAACAGCUUAAGAGGUUGUUCGAUGGUACCAAUCUCUGUACAGCUCUCCAGGAAAAUCCAAAAGAAACCUUGCUUUGCAUGGGAGUUGCAGUUCAUCUGGUUGAGUGCUCGAGGAAGUGUUUCGAAUUGAACGACAUAGACAAGGUCAACAUCAGGCUUUACAACCACACCGAGACAAUAAUUGCUUUGAAGAAUUUGAAAGCGGCCUAUAUUAAGAAACUAGUCACAGUGCGAGGUACUGUUGUAAAAGUCAGUACUGUGAAACCUCUAGUUCUGGAGCUGGAUUUCCAGUGCAUGAAGUGUUCUACGGUCAUCCACCGUGUGUUCUCCGAUGGGAAAUUUUCACCUCCGGUAUCCUGCAUAAUUCAGGGAUGCAAGGGCAGAUCCUUCACCCCACUGAGAUCAACUGCCAAGUUGAUAGAUUUUCAGAAAAUAAGGAUACAGGAGCUUGCUAGUGCUGAAAACCGUGAAGAAGGCAGAGUGCCACGAACUAUAGAGUGUGAGCUUACAGAAGAUCUUGUAGACUGUUGCAUCCCUGGGGAGAUUGUAACAGUAACUGGAAUUGUCAAAGUGCUGAACAACUAUAUGGAUGUUGGCGGAGGAAAGUCGAAAAGCAGAAAUCAGGGUUUAUACUACUUGUACUUGGAAGCAAUCUCAGUAAGGAACUCGAAGGCCCAUGCUGGUUCAGAAAAUUCAGAUGCAAGUUCUCUUGAUAUCCGGGCUUUUGGAUCUUUCAGUUUUGAAACUUUUACUGAUAAGGAUCUGAAAUUCAUCAUCGAAUAUAGUAACGAGCAUGGUGCUGAUGUAUUUCGUCAAAUACUUCAAUCCUUUUGCCCCUCCAUUUAUGGACAUGAACUUGUAAAAGCUGGCAUCACUCUUGCUCUUUUUGGUGCUGUGCAGAAGCACUCAAUGGAUCAAAAUAAAGUCCCGAUAAGAGGAGACAUUCAUGUUGUUAUUGUUGGCGAUCCAGGGCUAGGCAAGAGCCAAUUACUACAAGCUGCAGCAUCUGUUUCCCCGCGAGGAAUAUAUGUUUGUGGGAAUACAACCACAAAUGCUGGUCUUACUGUUGCUGUGGUUAAAGAUUCAAUGACAAGUGACUAUGCAUUUGAGGCUGGGGCCAUGGUCCUUGCUGACCGCGGAGUAUGUUGUAUUGAUGAGUUUGAUAAGAUGUCAGCACAGUAUCAGUCAUUACUGGAAGCCAUGGAGCAGCAAUGUGUAUCUGUGGCAAAGGCUGGUCUUGUGGCAAGUUUAUCUGCCCGCACCUCGGUGCUGGCAGCUGCUAAUCCCGUUGGGGGUCAUUACGACCGAGCGAAAACUGUUAAUGAGAAUUUGAAGAUGAGUGCUGCUCUGCUCUCUCGGUUUGACUUGGUUUUCAUUUUACUCGACAAGCCAGACGAGUCACUAGAUAAGAGAGUAUCAGAUCAUAUAAUGGCACUCCAUACCAAUGAUGGAGAUUCUUGUACGUCCAACAAGAGGCUACGAACAGUGCCUCAAUGUAAUGGCAGUAUGGGGUUCGGAAUUGAUGAGACAGGAAUAGCUUCAAGGCUGAGGCUACACCCGCAAAGAGACAGAGAUUUUGUUCCAUUACCUGGACCCCUUCUUCGAAAGUAUAUAUCUUAUGCGAGAAGCUAUGUUACCCCCUGCAUGACAGAACCAGCGGCUAAAAUUCUGCGAAAAUUUUAUUUGCAUUUGAGAGACCGCAGUACUUCUGCUGAUGGCACACCCAUCACAGCUAGACAAUUGGAAAGCCUCGUAAGAUUAGCAGAGGCUCGUGCUCGGGUGGAUCUAAGAGAAGAAGUGACUGCACAAGAUGCUCAGGAUGUUGUCGAUAUCAUGAAAGCCUCCUUGUUUGAUAAAUAUGCUGACGAGCAUGGUUUUGUGGACUUUGCUCGGAGUGGUGGGAUGAGCCAAACAAAGGAAGCAAAGAGAUUUAUGAGUGCCUUAAACAAGCAAUCAGAGUUGCAGCAAAAGGAUUGCUUUUCAAAAGCUGAGAUACAGAGCUUAGCAGAUAAAAUCAGUUUGCAAGUUCCAGAUUUGGAUGAUCUUGUGGAACGUUUAAACAUAGCCGGUUAUCUUCUUCAAAAAGGAGAAAAAACAUACCAGCUAGUGUCCUCAUCAUAUUCGUGAAGCCUGCCAACUAGAUUAAGAUGAUGUGUGGAGGGGAAAUGCGCUUCUUACGGCUGCAGCUCUAUGUAUCGGGCGUGAUGUCCAGCUGCUAAGAUAAACAAUGCUAACAGAGCUACCCACACGCUAAAAUUUCUUGUUGGACUACAGUAUGCUCUUAGCCUGUUAGGAAUCAUCUGUUUUCUCGGGGCGACAUUCAAUGAUCAUGAAUGCUGAUUCUUUACUUGUGUGUAACUUGCACAUUCUAAAUUUUCUUAUUAGAUAGUUACAGCUGUAA